CUCUCCGCCCUCCGCAGCGCUACGGACCCAAGAUGGCCGCCGUGUCAGUUUGGGUCUUCGUUGCCGUCUGGCCUGAGGCGCCCGGGCUCCGCCUCUCGUAGGCCCCGGUGCACGGUUUGCCUGUCAAAUUGGGAAUUACCAAGCAGUGGAAUGAAAUGUAUUGAUAUCUUUUUACUUGUGUGGAUACGUGUUUUUUUUUUCAUCUGGGUUGGGGUUUUUUGGAGUGGGGGAGGCUAUUGGAAAACCGUGAAUCAGAAGUAGGAAAUACUGAUGUUUGUAAAAAACAAGAGCAAUUUGGGGCCAAAAACGCAUAUGCUAUGAUUAACUGGUCCUCUUUCUCCGAUCUUCUGUUUUCCCAUUGUGUGAAACUCCUUCAGCAUAGGGAUAAGGGAUAACGACUCUAUGGAUAUAAAGAAUUUUUCACCAUGGUAAAACUCGCUAACCCGCUGUACACGGAGUGGAUUUUGGAGGCAAUUAAAAAGGUCAAGAAGCAAAAACAGCGGCCAUCCGAAGAGAGGAUAUGCAAUGCCGUCUCUUCAUCCCACGGUUUGGAUCGCAAAACUGUCCUGGAACAGUUGGAACUGAGCGUUAAAGAUGGGACUAUUUUAAAAGUUUCUAAUAAAGGACUUAAUUCCUACAAGGAUCCAGAUAACCCUGGGCGAAUAGCACUUCCUAAACCACGGAACCAUGGAAAGUUGGAUGGUAAACCAAAUGUGGACUGGAACAAACUGAUCAAGAGGGCAAUUGAGGGCUUGGCAGAGUCUUCUGGGUCAUCUUUGAAGAACAUUGAGCGUUACUUGAAAGGGCAGAAGGAUGUCUCAGCUUUGUUUGCCAGUGGUGCCCCUUCUACCUUUCAUCAGCAGCUGCGGUUGGCCAUUAAGCGUGCUGUUGGCCAUGGGCGACUCCUUAAAGAUGGACCUUUGUAUCAGCUCAACACGAAAGCAGCCACACACGCAGAUGGGAAAGAGAGUUGUGAGUCUCUUUCUUGUCUUCCUCCGGUUUCACUGCUUCCACACGAAAAAGAUAAGCCAGUUGCUGAACCAAUCCCAAUCUGCAGUUUCUGCCUUGGUACAAAAGAACAAAACCGAGAAAAGAAACCUGAGGAGCUCAUCUCUUGUGCCGAUUGCGGCAACAGCGGUCAUCCAUCCUGCUUGAAGUUCUCCCCAGAAUUAACCGUUCGGGUGAAGGCCUUACGAUGGCAGUGCAUUGAGUGUAAAACCUGCAGUUCCUGUCGAGACCAGGGCAAAAAUGCUGAUAAUAUGCUCUUUUGUGACUCGUGUGAUCGGGGCUUUCAUAUGGAGUGUUGUGAUCCCCCUUUGACAAGGAUGCCAAAAGGCAUGUGGAUAUGUCAGAUAUGUCGACCACGUAAAAAAGGAAGAAAACUACUCCAAAAGAAGGCAGCACAGAUUAAGCGACGUUAUGCCAACCCAAUAGGACGUCCCAAAAACAGAUUAAAGAACCAAAAUGCAACAUCAAAAGCCCCCUUCAGCAAAGUUCAGACAGGACCCGGUCGGGGUCGUAAGCGUAAGACCCCCUUAUCCAGCCAGUCAACUUGCUCUUCAGAUGGGGGCUACUUGGACCAAGUUGAUGGUCUGGAGUUCUGCGGCGAUGCGAGCAUCACCUUGAAAUUCAACAAGAAAACCAAAGGGCUUAUCGAUGGCCUUACCAAAUUCUUCACCCCGUCCCCCGAUGGGCGCAAAGCUCGAGGAGAAGUCGUGGACUACUCUCAGCAAUAUAGGAUCAGGAGGAAGGACAAUAGGAAAUCAAGCACUUCAGAUUGGCCCACAGACAAUCAGGAUGGCUGGGAUGGAAAACAAGAAAAUGAAGAGUGGCUUCUAGGAGGACCAGACGUCAUGGCGGAGAAAGAUAUGGAGUUGUUCAGAGACAUCCAGGAGCAAGCAUUGCAGAAAGUAGGAGUGACAGGGGCACAUGAUCCCCAGGUCCGCUGCCCAUCAGUCAUCGAGUUUGGAAAAUAUGAAAUCCACACCUGGUAUUCUUCUCCAUAUCCCCAAGAAUAUUCCAGGUUGCCCAAGUUGUACAUUUGUGAAUUCUGUCUCAAAUACAUGAAAAGCAGAACUAUUCUCCAGCAGCACACGAAGAAAUGUGGUUGGUUUCAUCCCCCAGCCAAUGAAAUAUACAGAAAGAGUAAUGUUUCAGUUUUCGAGGUGGAUGGCAACGUCAGUACUAUUUACUGCCAGAACUUAUGUCUAUUGGCAAAACUCUUCCUGGACCACAAGACUCUGUACUACGACGUGGAGCCAUUCCUUUUUUAUGUGCUGACGCAAAAUGAUAUGAAGGGCUGUCACCUCGUCGGGUACUUCUCCAAGGAGAAGCACUGCCAGCAGAAAUACAAUGUCUCCUGCAUCAUGAUUCUUCCCCAGUACCAGCGCAGGGGCUAUGGCAGAUUCCUCAUUGACUUCAGUUAUCUCCUCUCAAAACGUGAAGGCCAGGCAGGAUCCCCGGAGAAGCCGCUGUCUGAUUUGGGUCGUCUUUCCUACAUGGCAUACUGGAAAAGUGUAAUCUUGGAGUGCCUUUAUCACCAAAACGACAAGCAGAUCAGCAUCAAGAAGUUAAGCAAACUGACCGGCAUCUGUCCUCAAGACAUCACCUCGACUCUCCAUCACCUGCGCAUGCUUGAUUUCCGUAACGAUCAAUUUGUGAUUGUUCGGCGGGAAAAACUUAUCCAAGACCACAUGGCGAAGCUGAAACAGAACACCCGGCCUGUAGUCGUGGACCCAGAAUGUCUGCGCUGGACCCCGGUCAUCGUCUCAAACUCAGUGGUUUCCGAGGAUGAAGAGGAUGAUCCCGAAGAGACAGAAAUCGAGGUCCCACCGCAGUUGCGGGAGAGAGACAUUGAGGUCAGAAUGCGAGGCAUUUAUGCAUUACUAAAGCCCAUUCCCCGGAAGAGACGAGUCCGUAAGCGGAAACACCACAACAGCAGCGUGGUUACCGAAACGAUCUCGGAAACAACAGAAGUCCUAGACGAGCCAUUUGAGGACUCGGAUUCCGAGCGGCCCAUGCCUCAGCUGGAGCCCACCUUUGAAAUGGAAGAUGAGGAGGAGGAGGAGGAGGAGGAAGAGGAGGAGGAGGAGGAAGAGGAGGAGGAGGAGGAAGAGGAGGAGGAGGAGGAGGAAGAAAGCGAAUUGUUCUCUCGGGGAUAUCUCCGCCGUCUCUCUCCACAGGAUUCCCUUAGGCAUAGGCCCCCCUUAAAGAGAGGAAGUCAAGAAGAGGAGGAAUCGGAUGAUACGGCUGAUUCUCCUACUUUGAAACCAGUUUCCUUGCUGAGAAAAUGCGAAUCGCUGGAUUCUCCACUCCAGCCUGGCACUUCCACCCCCAUGAAAAAGAAGAAAGGCUGGCCCAAGGGCAAGAGCCGUAAGCCCAUCCACUGGAAGAAAAGGCCCGGGCGCAAGCCAGGCUUUCAACUGAGGAGGGGGAAAGUCCGAGCACCUGCUUCAGAGGAGACCACCGAUCUCAUGGAACCUUGCUCCAAAUCAGGGCGUAAGACGAAAGUGCAAGAUGAGGAAGAGCUGGCUGAGGAGAAGGAAGAACUUCUGCCCAGUGCUGAAGAAAGGAAAGAUGAAGACGGGCCUCCGGAAGUGGGCGAUUUAGGAGAGGAGGAAGAUAUUAUGCCUGCUAGAGAAGCGAGGGUAACAUCUCCCGUAGACAGCAGCAACAGCCCAGAAAUGGACUCUAAAGAGCCUGAACUGGAGGAAGACGUGGAGAAGCCUCAAGUCCUCGAAGACCAGAGGCCGCCGUCCGAAGAAGAGCAGCAGGAAGCGGAGGAACCCGAGCACGACCAGGAAGAGGAAGAAGAGGAAGUGGCCGCUGUCGCCAACCAGCACGAAGACCAUGAUGCCGACGACGAAGAAGACGAUGGCCACCUGGGCUCGCUCAAAAAGGAUGAGCUGGAAGAGCAGGCUGAGAAGGAAGGGCUGAAGGGAGAACCCGAAGUCCAGGAGGCUUUUUUAGAAACAAGCACACAGGACGAUAGAGAAGAGGAUGCCAAGAACAAGAGCGAAGGAGAGGGCAAUUCCGAGGAGGAUGCGGUGUCCCACGAGACGUCGGUCGGGUCAGACACGGUUCCCGUCUCGGAAGACGAUCAAGAGGAAGAGCAGCACCCCAAGGAAGGACUGAUGGAGCUGAAGGAAGACGAGCCGAUCCCUCACAGUGAACUGGACCUCGAAACGGUCCAGGCCGUGCAGUCCUUGACGCAAGAGGAAGACAACCACGAGCACGACGUGGCUUAUCAGGACUGCGAGGAGACGCUGGCCGCUUGCCAGAACCUGCAGAGCUACACCCAAGCCGAGGAGGACCCCCAGAUGCCGAUGGUGGAGGACUGCCAGGCCUCCGAACACAACAGCCCCAUCUCCUCGGUCCAGUCUCACCCCAGCCAGUCGGUGCGCUCCGUCAGCAGCCCCAGCGUGCCUGGAGCCCUGGAGAGCAGCUACACCCAGAUCAGCCCCGAGCAGGGCUCCCUGUCGGCCCCUUCUAUGCAGAACAUGGAGACCAGCCCGAUGAUGGACGUGCCUUCAGUGUCGGACCAUUCCCAGCAGGUGGUGGACAGCGGCUUCAGCGACCUGGGCAGCAUCGAGAGCACCACCGAGAACUACGAGAACCCCAGCAGCUACGACUCCACCAUGGGGGGCAGCAUCUGCGGCAACGCCUCCUCGCAGAGCAGCUGCUCCUACGGGGGGCUCUCCUCCUCCAGCAGCCUCACCCAGAACAGCUGCGUGGUCACCCAGCAAAUGGCUGGCAUGGGCAGCAGCUGCAGCCUCAUGCCCCAAGGCAGUGUCCAGCCAGCCUCCAACUGCAAUAUCAAGUCUCCCCAGAGCUGCGUGGUGGAGAGACCCCCGAGUAACCAGCAAGCCGCGGCGCAGCCUCCACAGGCCCAGCCCCAGCAGCCCCAGCCGCCCCCUCCGGCACAGCAACAGCAGCAGCAGCAGCAGCAACAACAGCAGCAGCAGCAGCAGCAGCCCCCGCAGCAGCAGCAGCAGCAGCAGCAGCCGUCCCUGUCGCAGUGUAGCAUGAACAACAGUUUCACUCCGGCGCCGAUGAUCAUGGAGAUCCCGGAAUCGGGCAGCACCGGCAACAUCAGCAUCUAUGAGAGGCUCCCCGGGGACUUCGGGGCCGGCGGUUACUCCCAGCCGUCGGCCACCUUCAGCUUGGCCAAGCUGCAGCAGCUGACCAACACCAUUAUGGACCCGCACGCCAUGCCUUACAGCCAUUCCUCCGCGGUGACAUCCUAUGCAACCAGCGUGUCUUUGUCGAACACGGGCCUGGCGCAGUUGGCCCCCUCGCACCCUCUGGCCGGAGCGGCCCAAGCACAAGCCACCAUGACCCCCCCGCCCAACCUGGCCCCCACCACCAUGAACCUGACCUCUCCCUUGCUCCAGUGCAACAUGUCCACCGCCAACCUGGGCAUCCCUCACACCCAGCGGCUGCAAGGCCAGAUGCCGGUCAAGGGCCACAUCUCCAUCCGGUCGAAGUCGGCUCCGCUGCCCUCGGCCGCCGCCCACCAGCAGCAGCUCUACGGCCGCAGCCCUCCGGCGGUGGCCAUGCAGGCCAGUCCCCGGGCCCUGGCUGUCCAGCGGGGCAUGAAUAUGGGGGUGAACCUGAUGCCGGCCGCCCCGUACAACGUCAACUCCAUGAAUAUGAACACCCUGAACGCCAUGAACAGCUACCGGAUGCCUCAGCCCAUGAUGAACAGCGGCUACCACGGCAACCCCGCCUACAUGAACCAGACGGCCCAGUACCCUAUGCAGAUGGGGAUGGGGAUGAUGGGGAGCCAGGCCUACCCCCAGCAGCCUAUGCAGCCCAACCCCCAUGGGAACAUGAUGUACACGGGCCCUUCGCACCACAGCUACAUGAACCCCGCCGGGGUCCCCAAGCAGUCGCUCAACGGGCCCUACAUGAGGAGAUGAGCCCCUCGCCCCCCUCGCCCCUCCCCAGAAACUUCUCUCGCUCAAUCAAGGAAACUUUUAUACUGACAGACACACACAAAAAAAUCAGAGACAAUGGACCUGUUUAUUUUUAUUUUUUUUCUCCCCCCCCUCCAAUUAAAUAUUGCUGUAGAUCUUAGAUAGGGUUUUUUUUUGUUCCCUUUCGGAUUAUUUUAAUUUUAUUAUUUUUUAAAGGGGGCCUGGU